AUGGCGUCUAGGGGCGUGUCUACGUUGAAGUUCGUGGGAUCGCUCAGCUUGGGCCUGCUCACUGGCCUCUCAUAUACUCUCAGCACGCUGACACUCCCGACACUCCUCACCCUUCCCUCCGCCAGCACCGCCUCCCGCGCCUUCACGAACCUCACCUCCGUCUCGCUUACACACGUUCGAGCGCUUGCUGGAAUUUCUAGCAGUUCUUUCCUUUUAGCCUAUCUCCUCUCACCCAGAAGCCAGAGGCACCCGUACCUGCUAUGGACGACGCUCUUCGUCGCCUCGGCUGGUCUAAGCGAUCUUGUUAUCGGGGCUGCUCGCACAAAGACUGUCGCCGGUAGCGGUGCCGCUCAACGGCGAGAUAGAAAGCGCAGAGAUCGGCCGAUGGAUGCUAGUUAUGAGGUCCUGGGAGCCAGCGACCGUGAAAGCGAGGCCACGGUAAGCGGAGAGGAGAUGGACGAGGAUGUCAAUGGCGAGGAAGUUCGACAACAGAUGGAGGGGUUCAUGACGAGCCAGGUUGCGAGGACAGUAAUAGCCGGUGUGGGCUUUGCUAUGAGUGUGGUCGGCAUCUGGGGAGAUGGGGUUACGGAUACAGUCGUCAUUGAGAUGUGA